AACCGUUCUGCCAGCUUCAGCUUUCAAAGCACAACAGGCACCUGGAGGUUUCCGUCACAUCAGCCGUUCUCUUCCCAGACAAACUCGCUACAAGAACUCGGCGACAUGAGAAGGAUAUUGUGCUGGGGCCUGUGGUGGAUAAUCUUCCAACCCAUGCUUUCACUGAGAGGAGAAAAAAAUACACAUAAUAACCAUACACCACCAACAGUGAUCCAGACAGAGAAGUAUUCUAGAGGAGGACAUAAUGCGUCUGCAACCCACCCCAAGGUCACCGAGGAAGACCACAAUAAGUGCAACGGAACAACCUUGUUAGACCACAUAAAUGCAGAACUGAAAGCGUUUUGUUCCCCACAUGCUUGUCAAGCUUCAAACAGGGUUUCUAAAAAUACUACCUCAUGUUUCAUGAGAAAUUACACCCAGAAUUUGAAGAUGCAACAUAAACAUGAUGAAGAUGUGAAAACAUUUCAAUUCAUGGAGAAAGUUUUGGAGGAAACAGAGGUGACUAACGAGACACAUAUCCAUGAGGAAAAUAUCAUGGCUCUCCUACAUAAACCUGCCAGUCCUUUCAAAGGUCUUAAAAUUUUUGCCAAUGACAAUGAGGUGACAUCAGGUGUGAUCGCGCCAAACAGAUCGGUGUUGGUUCAUCUGCCUCCAGAGUUGAAUCCUGGCGAGGAAAAUACAGUUGUGUUCUCCAUGAUUCAGCUUCCCAAAGAGGCUGCUUUGGAGCGCUCAGAUGAACUGUAUGAUCGUCGGCUGCUUGGCCUGAGCGUGCGUGGCAAGAACAUUUCAGGACUUCAGGAACGAGUCAACAUCACCAUAAAUUUUACAACAAGCAUAAAUGUAACAGUUUUAUUGUUAAACUCAAGCUUAAAACUUGUGUUUGUUUUUGAAAGCUGCCUGGCCCACAUCCCAACACUGAGGAGUUUUAAGUUCUUUACAAAAAAAAUUAAAUCUUUGGUCUGGACUGUUUCUGGAUGAGAGGGGAUUUGGGAACAGUGGAAGGGAAGAUGAGUCUAAAGAGAAGAACAGGGACAUGAUGAUGGGGUCGGAGCUUACUGCAGGGUUGGUGAUCGUCCACCAUGGAGAGGCAGUCCAUGGCGGAGCGGUCUGAGCAGAGAUGGUUCCAGGAAACAAGUGAGAUUGAGGUCAGAGAUUAUGAGAAUGGAACCUCAGCGCAAUGAAUAUUUGCAAAGGCGAUCAUGUUUCACAGGGAUUGAUGAAGGAAAGAGUUGUCUUUGAGAAACCAGCCACGGUAGAAAUCCAGAUCUUCACCGAGACCUUGGAGAUGAUUGCAGAGAGCUGGAGAGUCAUGGAGGAGUCGAUCCAGUUUGUUGAUGGGAAAACUUUUAAAGGGCACAAAAAGAGGUAAGGAAUCACACAGGAAUCACACAGGAAACCUCAGAGCAGAACUGAGGGGCUUGAUGUUACCACAGUAGGUUAACACCCAGGCACUGAAGGGAUGGAUUCAGGCUCCUCUAAAGCUCCUCUUGAUGACGGUAGAUAAGCUGUGACAGCAUUCUAGGAGGAGGACUGCUGGGACUAGAAACAGACUAAAAACAGCCCAGAUCCCAACAUGUUGUUUCAGAAUGUAGGUGAUCUGGUUUAGUAAAGAUACAUGAAAAUAUCAUCUGAUAUUGACCUCUACUAAACAAUUUAUUUUUGCAUUUUAGGAAACCCUGAGGCCAGUGUGUGUGUUCUUAAAUACUACGACACAAAAUUUUAGCGUGGAUGGCUGCGUUACCCUGUGGGAUCGUAGUCAGAGUCAUGUCACCUGUUCCUGUGACCAUCUCACAUACUUUGGCGUGCUUUUGGUGUCUCAUACAUUUACGUCUAAUGGAAGUGUCUCAUACGGAAGCAUCUCCUCUAGAGACGCUGAGAUCCUGUCCUACAUCACCUACAUCGGCUGUGGCAUCUCUCUGUUUGCUCUAGUCAUCACGGUUU